AUGGCCUCCACCACCACCACUCCCAAGGUCUGGCUCAUUACCGGUGCCUCCUCCGGCCUCGGCCGUGAGAUCGCCCGUCGCGCCCUCGGCCAAGGCGACAUCGUCUUCGCCACCGCCCGCAACCCCGCCCGCAUCCCCGAGGUCCUCACCUCUUACACCGAGACCUGCGUGGCCGAGACCUUCGACGUGACCUCUCCCGACGCCGUCCUCGCCGAAACCGUCUCCCGCAUCGUCUCGCACCCCAAGAACGUCACGGGCCGCAUCGACAUCGUCGUCAAUGCCGCGGGCUACGUGCUCGCCGGCGGCUGCGAGGAAGUUUCCGGCGAGGAGGCGCUCGCGCAGUUCAACACCAACGUUUUGGGCCAGCUGUCCGUCGGUCGCGCCGUUUUGCCCGUUCUCCGCGCGCAAAAGGCCGGUAUCCUCGCCAACUUUGGUUCUAUCCUUUCUUACCUCGGUCCCGCGGGCGCCGGUCUCUAUAGCGCCACCAAGGCGGCGUGCUCGAUUCUUUCCGAGGCCUUGACGGGUGAGGUCAAGCACCUUGGUGUGCAGGUUACCUGCAUUGAGCCCGGCUACUUUAGGACUUCCGUCCUCGACCAGGGCCACAUGUUGCACCCGGCCAAGAAGAUCGACGAGCUCAGGGGCGAGAACGGCAGCCAGGAGAUGGCCACGACGCUGGCCAUGUGGGAGGCCGCUAACAACAAGCAGCCUGGCGACCCAGCCAAGCUCGCGGAUGUGGUUGUUGAUGCGCUUAGCGGCAAUGGCGUGUAUGCUGGCCGUACGUUGCCUGCGAGGUUGCUCAUUGGCAAGGACGCGUAUGGCAUCUGGGCGGCGGUACAGGAGAAGCAGAGGAAGCAGAUGGAGGAGUGGAGGGCUGAGUGCACGGGUACAGAUUUCACUGAGUAA